AUGGUAGCCUCUCUUGCAUACGAAGCACUCUCGGUGCUCUACAGCCCGCUGAUCAUUCCUCUCUCUGUCUUUGUCCUACUCGGUGGAAUAUCCCUCCGUGGUCUCUAUAAUAUCUACUUGCACCCACUACGGGCGUACCCCGGUCCAAACCUAUGGGCAGCGACACAAUUGGUCUGGAUCUACUACCGGUUGACAGGCCAGUUAGUCUGGAAAAGCAUUGAUCUGCAUGAGAAAUACGGCAGCGUGGUACGAAUUGCGCCUGAUCAUCUGUCUUACACGACAGACACAGCAUGGAAAACAAUCUAUGGCCUGCGCGCAGUGGAAAUGGAAAAGAACUGUCAGGCAGGCUUCAGCCGACCGGGCCUGAAGGGUGUGCAUGCCAUUCUCAGUGCAGAUAAGGCGAACCAUUCGCGACUGCGGCGAAUAUUAGCGCCCGCCCUAUCGGAAAAAUCUAUCAAGGACCACGAUGGUACGAUCGUGAAGUACGUCAAUUUGCUAGUCAAAAAACUACAAGGGCGCUGUGACGAGGCCCCCGUGGACCUCAACAAGUAUUUUGAAUGGACUACGAUGGACCUCAUUGGAGACUUGCUAUGCGGCCAACCAGAAGGAGCACUGCAACAAGAAAACGGUGGUCGAUGGUUGGAUAUAUUGACACAGUCCAUUCAGUCCCAGGUUUGGAUUCAAGCACUGGAAACAUAUAACUUGGUGGGAUGGCGGGAAUAUUUGCUACCCAAGUUCCGGGUCCAAGCCGCGCUUGAGAACUUCAAAAUCAUCAGUGCAAAGUUUGAGAAACGUCUAGCGACCAACACGGAUCGUCGGGACAUUUUAAGCUAUAUGCUUGGCGAGAAAGACGGGAUGACCCCGAUGGAAAUGCGCCUCAACGCUGCUACCAUCAUCGGCGCUGGGACAGGCACAACUGCAACCUGGCUAUCAACCAACAUGCAUUCCCUUGCAACUAAUUCCGACGUCUACCGGAAGUUGGCAAUGGAGGUUCGUGCAGAAUUUGCAUCCGAUUCUGAAAUUACAUCAGAACGGGUCGCUCGACUGCCUUACCUGGCAGCUGUCAUGCAAGAAUCUUUGCGCAUUCACUGCCCCUCACCCUCAUCAACCGGUCGCUUUGUGCCUCCUGGUGGUGAGACGAUUGAUGGGAAGUUUGUCCCGGCGGGUACUACUGUCGGAGUCCACCAGCAUGCGGCCUACCACUCACAUUCAAAUUUCCAUCGGCCGGAUGAUUUCUGCCCGGAGAGAUGGUUACCUGAAGCUCAGGAAAGCAGUUCGCCAUUCGCAAAUGAUCGGUUAUCUGUGGUUAACCCAUUCAGUUACGGCCCUAGAACAUGCUUGGGUAAUAGGUGA